AAUGGGCAAACACUGUGUCCUGAUGUGCUAGUGCACGCUGUUUCUCUGGCAAGUUUUUGCAGCACUGCAGGAUUCUUUAAGUUUUGGUUUCUUUUAGCUGCCACAGGUUCUACUUGUCUUUGUUUACCAUCUCUUCAGUUUGCCCCAUCACUGAGUGUCUCAGAGGACAAGCAGUUUGUGGAAAAGAUCCAAAAUUCUUGUAACUUUGCUGCUGGCCACAUCCUGUUCAAAUACAUCUCUCCUCUCGUGUACCCUCCUCUGUCUGUCCUAGCCGCCUGCUCUUAUUCCUUCCUUCUCAACAGACUCUUAAACAUUUCGGUCCUCUCCCACAUACACACGCCUCCCCUCAUUCAGGCCUCAUUCUCUUUUUUUAGCUCUGCCCCCCUGCUCCCCGUCUCCUUUACCUGUUCGAGAAGGACAAUCCUGUUUUCUGCCAAACUUGUCACUACAACACCACUGCACUAUUCCUUUGCUUUCCUUACCCCUCUGUUCCCCUAAUGGGCGCCAUAUCAGACAGCAGUGCCACAUUCCCUUCAUUGUCACUGAGAACCUCUCUCCACCCCUAACCACCUCGCCAACACCAACAUCAACACGACCCAAUGGAGACAAAAGAUAUGAUGCUGACAAGCAUGUUGACAAUGGACAAAGGGGAGAAUGAGGGAGAGAGGGAGAAAGGGAGAGAGGAUGUGGGGAGAGAAGAGGAGGGGACACAGCAGGAAAAUGGCAGACUGGUGCUGGCUGACGGUCUCGCAGAGAGGGGACCCAAGAACCUGACCUCUGGCUCUGGACAACAGGUGUCCAAUGGCUUCACCACAUCCACCCCUCAAAGCCCCAGGGAGGGGCCGGGGAGCGCAGCUUGCUCUGGAGGCACAGCCUCCGGGCCUGGAGGAGGCACUGGGUCCUCAGUGCCGCUGGGAGGCCUCAGGACUCUGGUGGUCCAACAAACCAGCUUGGAGAGGCCCAGAGAAACCUGGAGCAAGAAGAUGGACUUCUUGCUCUCUGUGAUCGGCUACGCUGUGGACCUGGGAAAUGUCUGGCGCUUCCCUUACAUCUGCUACCAAAAUGGAGGAGGUGCCUUUUUGCUGCCCUACCUGUUGAUGGCGGUGUUUGGAGGCGUCCCUCUCUUCUACAUGGAGCUGGCUCUCGGCCAGUUCCACCGCAGCGGCUGCAUCUCCAUCUGGAAACACAUCUGCCCCAUCUUCAAAGGGAUUGGCUUUGCCAUUUGCAUCAUAGCCCUCUACAUCGCCUUCUACUACAACACCAUCAUGGCCUGGGCCUUGUACUAUCUACUAUCAUCAUUUCGUCCCACACUGCCCUGGACCACCUGCUCCAACAGCUGGAACACAGCCAACUGUAACCGUUACAUGUCCACCGACCACAAUGUGUCAUGGUCCAACUCCUCCACCUCCCCUGCCGAGGAGUUCUAUACUCGCCAGGUGUUGCAGGUCCACCUCUCCCCGGGUCUGCACCAGCUGGGCUCUGUCAGCUGGCAGCUGGCCCUCUGCCUGCUCUUCAUCUUCACCAUCGUCUACUUCAGCAUCUGGAAAGGAGUCAAGACGUCUGGAAAGGUGGUUUGGGUGACUGCUACCUUUCCUUACCUGGUCCUCUUUGUGUUGCUCAUCCGUGGAGCCACUCUGCCAGGGGCCUGGAGGGGUGUGGUCUUCUAUCUCAAACCUGACUGGGAGAAACUGCUUAGCACAACAGUUUGGAUUGAUGCAGCAGCUCAGAUCUUCUUCUCACUGGGUCCGGGCUUCGGCGUGCUCCUUGCUUUUGCCAGCUACAACCCGUUUCACAACAACUGCUACAAAGAUGCUUUGGUCACCAGCUCUGUGAACUGUCUGACAAGCUUUCUGUCUGGCUUUGUCAUCUUUACCGUGCUGGGCUACAUGGCUGAGAUGCGGCAGCAGGAUGUGAAUGAUGUGGCCAGGGAUGCUGGCCCCAGUCUGCUGUUCAUCAUUUAUGCAGAAGCCAUUGCAAAUAUGCCUGCUGCUACCUUCUUUGCCAUCAUCUUCUUCCUCAUGAUCAUUAUGUUGGGUCUGGACAGCACGUUUGCAGGGUUGGAGGGAGUGAUCACAGCCAUGCUAGACGAGUUCCCCGAUGUCCUGGCUAAGAGACGAGAGUGGUUUGUUUUCGGCCUGGUGUGCGUCUGCUACCUCGGGGCUCUCUCCACACUCACAUAUGGAGGAGCGUUUGUGGUGAAGUUGUUUGAGGAGUAUGCUACAGGCCCUGCAGUCAUCACUGUGGUCCUGCUUGAAGUCAUCGCCGUCUCCUGGUUCUAUGGUACCAACCGUUUCUGUGAUGACAUCCAGCUCAUGCUUGGUUUCUACCCGGGUGGUUUCUGGAGGGUGUGCUGGGUGGCCAUCUGCCCCUGCUUUCUGCUUGUGAGGCUCAUUUCAUCAUCAUCAGUUUCCUGGCCUUCCCUCCAGAGGUCAGGUUGUUCAGUUACCACUACCCGCCAUGGACCACUGUCCUGGGCUACUGCAUCGGAGUGUCGUCAUUCAUCUGUGUGCCUGCUUAUAUGGUCUACCACUUGCUGAAUGCCAAGGGCACAUUCAAACAGCGUCUGUUAAAGAGUGUCACUCCAGAGCCCAGCAACAACCAACACAGAGACUUCAUUGUCACCAACGCAGUCUGACCAAACCCUGACCAAAGGACGGUGCCACUAUAGCUACACAGAGCACCCUCUUCUGGACAAACUGCACAACCACAGGACAAGGGGGCUACCUUUCACCAUCUUUGCCUCUUUUUCAGACAUCGCCUACAUUCGUUUUUAGCUGUCUCGCACCAAGAUGUAGAAAUAGUGGUGGAGUUAGGUGGAGCCAGGCUGCAGUAGCUUUACUUAGCUUUGUUAAGUUUGGUUCCUUCAUGCUGAUUCUGAGUACUCUGGUGUUACAAACUCAGAGUUUAGCUUCCAUAUCCUCAGCAUCCUCUCUCUAUAUGUCCACUCACCAUUGUCACCUGAGUUAUUAAGUGACCAACUUUUCUUCAGGUUAUACAGCUGUAGGAAAUAUUUUAUACAGUUAUAGAAAGUAUGAUACAAUCUAUGUCCACGUAGACAAUAAACUGCAGAUACUGUACAGUGAAAUCAGUUGAAGAAGGAAGACUAGUUACAUUUCAACCCUCUCACUCUUUACAUUUCCAUAUUAUGCUGUUAAGUUAUGCAUUAAAAUAUGUAGCAAAAUUCAGGUAUCUGUUACUGAAGCCAAAUAUAUGAUAUCUGUUCUGUUCAUAUUUCUAAAGAUGUUUCAAUAUUGUAGCUGUCGUUUCGUUGUGUUCACUGUCAGCCUGUGUUUAUUUGGUGGCAUCUCGGAUGGAUGACAGAUUUGCAACGAGUUCCCUACACUGUGAAGCACUGUCUGGUAGUGACAUGAGUGUGUGUAUGUCUGAGUGUAUGUGUGUGCGUGUGAGGAAAAAAAAAGACUAUUAUAAUGUCAGGUGGAUAAAAUGGAUCACAGACAGAACCACCGGAGUGUAUUCAUCUUAUAACUGCAAUAUAAAAUGUGUAUUUAUUUUCUAAUGUAUCAUUGCUGUCAUUUUGACCUCCCACACUUCAGCAUGACAAACAUCACAUGUGACAUUUCACGACAUCGUGCUGAUGGUCUUUGUUUAAUCACAGUGACAUUCUUCACUCUGUUGUCACACCGCAUAAUUGUCAGUAAUAGAAACCAAAUAUGGAUCAGAGCUAAUAACAUUAUCAAUGGCAUAGUCUGAAAAUCAGCAUUACUGCUCUUUACUUUCUACCAAAAAAAAAAAAAAAACAAGCGCGUUUGUGCGUGUGUGCACAUGUGCCUGUGUGUGUGUUUCUGAGAGUGUAUGCAGGAGCAGGAGUUAAAAUAUGGGCGAGUACUGUUCCUCUACAUGUGUAUUUACUAGUCAGUCUGGUAUUGGUGUAAUCUAUCCUGUGAAUACCUGUCUCCUCUCUCCAUGUGUGAAUGUGUGCAUGCACCUUAGUGAGUCGGUGCACGAAUGGAUGGUUGUGCAAAAAGGAUUAGAGGCGUUCAACCUAUGUGUGCAUGCCGUGAUGUGUGUGUGUGUGUGUGUGUGUGUGUGUGUGUGUACUGUACUUCAAGUGUGUGUGCGUGUGCGUGUGUCUGUAAUGUGAUCUCCUGUUGUCUUAACUGCCAAAAUAUCUUAUGAAGGAAGUCUUGCCUCUCUCUCUUUCUCGUACCUCUCAAGCUUAUGUAAGAUCUAUGUAUGUCAAUAAAAGACUGUAUUGAGAAAUACACCUGUAUAGAAUAAAGAUAUAUAAAUAUAUGGGAAAUAAUAAUAACAGAUAAUAAAGAUAUA